AUGGCACAGCAUAAUUCGGGGGAACGAAGCGGAAAUACACUUCGUGAUCAUGAAAUACCAACGAAACAGGAGAACAGGGCACAAAACACCACUGAGGUGCUCUCGGAACACAAACAACUCUUUAAUGGUGCCGAAUCAGGACAAAACAAAAAACUGCGAUUUGUUCUGCCCAUGCAAGUGAAGGUGCCUGCUCUACACGAACUGCGCCUAGAAACAGGAAAGACGCCCGCCACGCUGCGGGUAGUAACCGGCAGCCUAGACAUUCUCGGUCAGGAGCUUCUGACCGAUCAUCCGUACACAUUUACAGGCACUCUCUUCUUCACAACAUUUCGUGGGUGCGUGGUCGAACUAAACGAUGACAUAGCGCUGCAAUACACGAGCAUGUCAAACAUAGAACGUGUAUUUGACCUGGCAUCAGCGCUUAGCGGCACGUACUACGUGGUGGGCCACGGCAGAUGUACAUUCAUCCAAACACUGUGCAAUCUUUGUGUGCGGAUGGGCAAGAAGGUCCUGGUAAGCGAAAUUGACCCUGCACAGGGCUUUCUUGUGUUUCCCGGUGUGAUGGGCACCAUGUUGGUUGAAAACCUGGUGUGCUACGAUGAUGACGUGCAGAACGAAAAGCUGUGCUACUUCUACGGUGACACGGAAAUCAAAAACCGCGAAUACUACGACAUGCUGUGCAGCAAGGUGUUGGGGCACACGAAGGAGAACGACCUGCAUUUGAUAAUCUUUCCGAACGAGUGUGUGGUGCAGGAAGAGGAGAGGAACGACAAUUUCGUAGUGGUGGGCGAUGAACGAAUGUUCCACACCAUAAAACCACGGAACAAAGAAUUUGUGCCGUGCUAUGGCUACGUAAAGAAAGCCAAAACGAAUGCGCUCAUAUACAACUACUUCCAUGGGAAGACGGGCAAGUACACGCCGUUCAUACUGUCGGACAAGCUCAAGAUCCUGUCGGUUGGUGAAAAGUUUGUGCCUCCUACGAGUGCGCUGCCGCUAGGAGCCCAGAGAAAAAUGAACACGUGCGUUGCCACACCUGCAGGUGCUGAGCAGGACAGCAUUGUUGCCAUAUCGUACGCAAAGAACGAGGAAGAGGCGGGUGUUCGCCCCGUGGCCGGAUUUGUUCUGAUUAGGAGCGUUCAGCCGCUCACGUUUCUCUGUGCACAGGCAACCGUGUCCAAAGACAUGUUAUAUGUGCAGGGCAACAUCAAGUACUCCGAAUUUUAAACAUUUUACAUUAAAUUCUCGUUUGUCUGCUGCCAUGACCCCAAACAAUAACUCAAUUGUGUUUUAGGGCCGCUUACCGCGGUCUUAAAUGUUUUUAAACCACGGUUUGUUGCAUUUGAACAAGCACGCUUCCACCGAAGACACGUUUGCUUGUUCUACACACCUUUCUGAUCCGCUAGGAGCAAAUACCGGUAAACGCGAUAAAGGAAAAGAAAACAAAAAUUCGAGUGUGAUGCUGAAAAGGCGUUAAACCACGAAUUGAGUAAUAAAUGGAACUUAUCAUAAACACGGAGAAUAAGCUGCCUAAAGUUGAUGGCACCAGCAAUGCUGACUGCGCGUUUAUCAUCCUGAUGUUCGUGCAGUUCAACAAAGACGUGGUGAUGUGAAACUGCUGUUUGCCCCUCCAUGACAGGCAGAGGGUUGGCUUAAAGUGCAGUAAUUUCUACGUUAAGUUUUUUGGUGCUGGUGAGAGCGGAGGAUUUGCUUUUAUUGGUGAGGCUUUCGUUAAUUAACAUGGACACGGUGGAUGUUGUUCCCGACAGUGAUAAUUAAAACGGC